CUUUGUUUUGCCCAGGUAUAUUCCCAGUCUCUUAUAAACGAAAAAUAUGAAUAUUAUGAUAAGGGUUUAUCAGAGAUCUUUUGGAAAAUGAAAUUAAUGGAAACAAAGCUGAACUCGUAUGAAAAAGAAAAUACUGAACUGAAAGCAGAGGUAAAGAAACUAUCAACAUGGCGAAACAAAAUAGAAGCAAAUAUGUGUUCUGAUGAAUGGGUGCCGUAUCAUGGACAUGCUUACAAGUACCAUUCCACCAAAAUGAACUGGGUGGAUGCACAGAUUGCUUGUGAAAAAGAAGGAGGGUAUCAAGUGGAAAUUGAGGACCGCUUAGAAUCGGACUGGAUCACAAACACAUUUCUUAAAAAAGACUCAUGUAAAACCUACGAUGUUAGUUGCAUGGUUUGGACAGGGGGGUCAGACAUUGAAGAGGAGGGUGUUUAUAAGUGGAGUCAUUCAAACAGAACAUUCCAGUUCACAAACUGGAACCCACAACAACCAAGUAUAGCUAGACCAGAAUUUGCAAGCUUUGAAGACUGUGUUAAUCUGUUACCUGCUGGCGAUUGGAACGACGCGCCAUGUGGCAUGAACUUUGAUUUCCUCUGUGAAAAGUCACUAUAUGCUCAGUUGUGUCAAACGCUUACAUGACGAUUGGAACGACGAGCCUUGUGGCAAAAACUUACAUUUCCUCUAUAAGUCUCUAUAUUCCCAAUUUUGUGUAACGUUUACAUGAUUUUUUUUUUGAUUUUUUUUAAACAUCAGAUGGAUGAUAAGCUU